AUGCCAUUCCACUUUGGAGACCGCAAAGGUUAUUAUGAUGCCAAUGAGAUGAAAGGCAAUCCUCAGGGCUCUGGAUAUGCAGAUGGUUAUUAUGAUCCAAAUGCUAACACAGGUCCACGAGGCUAUAAUAUGAAUCAAAACUACUACGAUGGCGCUUCGAGAGGCUUCGGAGGAAACCCAAUGUUUGGCCAGGGUUCUAAUUACAAUCAUAAUAUGAAUAGAAGACAACACAUGAGUUCGGAUUCGGAUGAUUCGGACCAUGGAGGACGAUAUUCUAGAGGUUCAUCAAAGCAUCGAAACCAAGGAAGACAUGGCUCAAACAACCCUUCACAUAAAUAUCGUCGAAACCAUUCAAGUGAUAACAGUUCAGAUUCCGAGCAUGCGGCAUCAUUUGACAUUCAUCCACAAUCACGAAGCAGCAAGUACACAUUGGAAGACCAUCAGAAUAAAAAUUGCCAUUCCCCAUGUCGUUUAUAA